CCUGUGCUCAGGGAGCUGACGUGUCGGGGUGGGUGGUUGCGGCCCCUCCCCGCGCGGCAGCCACUCGUCGCGGAGACGGAGGGGCGGGGUGGCCGGGGCCGGCGCUCCCCCUGGCCCCAGCUCCCGGCCCGCCCCGCCGCCCCGGCCCCCCGGAUGAAGGUAUAUAUUAGGAGCUGGCGCUGGACGCAGAUGAGUGGCCGCGCCGAAGGAGCCGGAGCCGGGCGGAGCUGCGGUGGAGCCGAGAAAGUUUUACAGGUGCAGAAAUUACACCUCCGUUAUCACAAAACUUGGCCACUCAAGCAUCAUGAAUGUCAAUGACCUCAAACUCAGGUUGUCCAAAGCUGGGCAGGAACACCUGCUGGACUUCUGGGAUGAGUUGGAGGAGGCCCAACAGGUAGAACUUUAUGCGGAGCUCCAGGCCAUGAACUUCCAGGAGCUGAACUUGUUUUUCCAAAAGGCAAUUGAAGGAUUUAACCAUUCCUCCCAGCCAGAGAAAGUAGAUGCGCGGAUGGAACCUGUACCUCGAGAGGUGUUGGGCAGUGCUACCAGGGAUCAAGAUCAGCUGCAGGCCUGGGAAAGUGAAGGACUUUUCCAGAUAUCUCAGAACAAAGUGGCAGUUCUUCUUCUAGCUGGUGGGCAGGGGACAAGACUCGGUGUUGCAUAUCCCAAGGGGAUGUAUGAUGUUGGUUUGCCAUCCCGUAAGACACUUUUUCAGAUUCAAGCAGAGCGUAUCCUGAAGCUUCAGCAGUUAGCUGAAAAAUAUCAUGGCAACAAAUGUAUCAUUCCAUGGUAUAUAAUGACCAGUGGCAGAACAAUGGAAUCUACAAAGGAAUUCUUCACAAAGCACAAGUACUUUGGUUUGAAGAAAGAGAAUGUAAUCUUUUUUCAGCAGGGAAUGCUGCCUGCUAUGAGUUUCGAUGGGAAAAUUAUUUUGGAAGAGAAGAAUAAGGUUUCUAUGGCUCCAGAUGGGAAUGGUGGUCUUUAUCGGGCUCUUGCAGCCCAGAAUAUUGUGGAGGAUAUGGAGCAAAGAGGCAUUUGGAGCAUUCAUGUCUAUUGUGUUGACAACAUAUUAGUAAAAGUGGCAGACCCACGGUUUAUUGGAUUUUGCAUUCAGAAAGGAGCAGACUGUGGAGCAAAGGUGGUGGAGAAAACAAACCCUACAGAACCAGUUGGAGUGGUUUGCAGAGUGGAUGGAGUAUACCAGGUGGUGGAGUAUAGUGAGAUUUCUCUGGCAACAGCUCAGAAACGAAGCUCAGAUGGACGACUGCUAUUCAACGCUGGCAACAUUGCCAACCAUUUCUUCACCGUACCAUUUCUGAGAGAUGUUGUCAAUAUUUAUGAACCUCAGUUGCAGCACCAUGUGGCUCAAAAGAAGAUUCCAUUUGUGGAUUCCCAGGGGCAGUUAAUUAAGCCAGACAAACCAAAUGGAAUAAAGAUGGAAAAAUUUGUCUUUGAUAUCUUCCAGUUUGCAAAGAAGUUUGUGGUAUAUGAAGUAUUACGGGAGGAUGAGUUUUCUCCACUGAAGAAUGCAGACAGUCAAAAUGGGAAGGACAACCCCACUACUGCAAGGCAUGCCUUGAUGUCCCUCCACCACUGCUGGGUCCUCAAUGCAGGGGGCCACUUCAUAGACGAAAAUGGCUCGCGCCUCCCAGCAAUUCCCCGUGCUACACAUGGAAAGUCAGAGGCCAUCACAGCUGAUGUCAAUCACAACUUGAAGGAUGCCAAUGAUGUGCCAAUCCAGUGUGAAAUCUCUCCUCUUAUCUCCUAUGCUGGAGAAGGACUAGAAAGUUAUGUGGCAGAUAAAGAAUUCCAUGCACCUUUAAUCAUUGACGAGAAUGGAGUCCAUGAGCUGGUGAAGAAUGGUUUAUGAGCCAGAUACUAAAUAAGUUCCACCACGAUAAGAGUAGCUUUUAUUUUUGAUAGACUGACUGUGAACCUACAGGACCUCUCCUACAAUACUCAUGUUUGAAUAUACACAGGCUUUCAUUUUGCUUGUUCAACUCUUGUAACUACUACAUAUUUCAUAAGAUCCAGGUGACUGAACUUCAGAAAGCAUUUUUAUGAUUCACAGCUGAUGGAAGGUAUUAUUUAUAUUUUUCAGUUGUAUUUUUUUCCAAGCUAAGGAAAACAUUGGCUAUCUUGGAUAUUUCUUACAACUUAUGUAUAGUCAUGGUGUUCAACAUCACUUUACUUGGAAGCAUUUGUUUUGAAGUUGUACAUAGUAAUAAUAUGUCAUUGUACAUGUCGAAAGGUUUCUAUGGUACUAAAAGUUUGUUUUAUUUUAUCAAAAAUUAAAUUUUUUUAAGAAAAUAAUUGGACAGUAAAAUAAACUUUUCUUCUUGUCUCAA